UUUUCUUUUCCUUAUAAUAAUUUUCAAAUCAUUGUUAAAUAUGUAUUAGAACUCGUUCACUACACAGGAGAGAGACAAGUGCCUGAUCAACAACAGAGUUUCAGACUAUAAUGUCCAUCUGGUAAAUACCAGUAGUCUUCUACUCAUGUGUUGACCAAACACGCAUCUCCCUACCGCAUAUAAACUGGUACCAUAUAAGAAUUUAAAAUAAAACAUACAAUUGUCUAAUUCUGAUUAAGCCCAAAUCAAAUAAGAUUAUCAACUGAGAUUGUUCCCAUGUAUUUCCCUUUCUUUCCCAUGUCUCUAUCAUAUCUUCCCUUUCUGUUUCCAUGUCUUUCUUAUGUCUUUCCCUUUCAUUCCCUUGUCUUUCCCAUGUAUUUCCCUUUCUUUCCCAUGUCUCUCUCUCAUAUCUUUCCUUUCUGUUUCCAUGUCUUUCUUAUGUCUUUUCUUUUCUUUCCCAUGUCUUGUCCAUGCCUUUCUCCGUCUUUCUCUGUCGUUCCCAUGUGCCCUUCUGGUAUAAUUUUCCGAGACACAUGGCCUCUGUACAUCGUUCAUUCGAACCUACAGUGUGUUUAUGUGGGAGGAGAAUAGUGUAUGUUCCAGUCAUUUUAGCAGUCUUUGAUAUGCUUUCUAUAGAGUGACACUUACUCCUGUCAUUAAAUUCUCUAACCGAUCUGACGCCAUGAGAAAUGUUUCUGACAUCAUAGCAUAGGAGUUGGUAGAUGGUUCCAUACCCUCAAUAAUGAUCGAUAUCGAUGCCGGUAUGAGGAUAAACGCGCAUGCGCAUUGACAGAAUCUACCUUGCCUGAAGUAGACACGCCUACUAUGUGAUAAAACUCAAACAAUAUAUUUUCAUCAGUCAGUUACAUGGACGUCGGCUGUAAGCCAUAUAAUAUGUCGCGGUCAUACUUUGAAUUAAACACUCAGAGUUAACCUGUGUGAUGAAAACAAACAUAGCAAAUGAGUGAAUCUUUGACAAGAAUAUGGAUCUGUUUUAUAGAAAUUUCGUUAUACUGGUGUUUAUGGCAGUAAACAGAGAAGUUGUUGCGCACGUGACGUCAGCAAUAGAUAAGGGUGCAUAUGACAUGUUCUGUACAAAACCAGCCCUGAUUCUUUACGUAAUUGGAUAUAUACAGUGUCAACGUGUGUGCAAUCGUCGCUCCGACUGUUACGCCAUCAGAUACAAUCAAGAUCAGCUGGCAUGCCGUAUCUACCAGGACGUAAAUUGCAUCACUGGUGUAGGAAAUUACACGUUCAUCAGGAAAACAGAUAUUCAAGAGAACAUUGAGGGGCUGUGUAAGAGGAGCGACUGUCCAGAAGGACAUAUCUGUCACUCUCUCCGUAACGGCUUUCAGACUUGUCUACCCGAUAAAGAAUUAGUAUUUGGACGUCAAGUGGGAGAAACUACAUUUCUUCAUUUCGACGGGGUGGUGUUUAUUCUGAAGGCGAUCCAGUUCAACCGAACCACCGCAGCCGAGCAUUGUUCAGUGGCAUUUUCAGGACACCUAGCCGUUUUAAACACAUUUCAAAAAAGACAAAUCCUUGCGGAUGCGUUUUCGGAUAUACAGACACCGAGUUAUUGGUGGAUUGGAGCAAUUUAUGACGGUGUUGAAGUAUUUUGGUAUCCCAAUGAUACGAUAAGUGAUGCCAGUAGCCAGUGGUGUAUUUUAGUCAGCUAUGAUGGUAUUUUGAGGUAUUCGGAUUGUUCUCAGGCUUAUCAUUUUGUGUGUGAAAUGUGAUACUCCUAUUAAAGUACUUCAUUGCUGUUUGGCGACAGAGGUGACUGACAGGAACAUUUUUACGCGGAUUAAAUUUAGCAUCAUGCUAAAGGCCCACUGUAUUCCAUUGAGUAUUCAAGGCUACCUUUGGACUGACGUUUGUGGAGCCCUAACAGGGUGGGGUUUUUUAUUCUUAAGAUUACUUAUUUUUUCAACCGCUCAGUUCGGACCGACAGGUUUUUCAAGUUUUCAGACUGAUUAAAUGAAUAAACCUUACCCAAAGUAUUCCUUGUGCAUAUUGACAUUUUGUGUCUGCAGCCAGCAGCUAUAACACUGCCAGUCAUCAAUUUAGAUGACAGCUUGAACUUUAAAAUUUACCAGUGUAAUAAAUAACUAAAACGAAAGUAACUUUGGUUACUCAUAAACAGGCUAUGUGGUCUAGGCGACAUCAUUCAAACUAACUCUAUCGAUACUGUAUGUUUUCACUGGUGUUCGAUGUUUAAGGACUUAGUUAGGUUUGUUUAUGCUGUACCAGUUACCUUGAAUAUUGAUGCUGUUUUCCAAUAUUUUUUCUCUAAUAAACUUUUACAAAUUAUUUAUUUAUUCAUAUUGUAAUACCUACGUUGAAUGUUGGUACUGUUUUCCAAUAAACUUUUUUUUAAUAUUAAAAAGUACGGCUAUUUGAAUUUGUCAUUAACAGUGUAACUAUCCACAAUCAACAUAAAAACACGUACCAGUCCUUG